AUGUCAAACACAUUGGAGGAACGCCUUCGGGCCAAUUCAAAUGCUUUUGAAGGACUUUUAGCUCUGAUUCCUGCAAAAUAUUACUAUGAUGACAAGACUCAGGACCAGUGGAAGGCACAGAAGAAGAGUAAAUCGCAGGCUAAGGAGGAUAAGAUGAAGAAAUUGGAUCCCGAUCAGAUGGAUGAUGAGACUUUAAGUACAUUAGAAAUAAUGAAGAAGAAGGAAGGAAAUGCGAAACCAGUUAUACUGCCCGGUGAAAAGCACAAGAUCACUCGAGCAUCUAAGGAACCUGUCAAGGAGUCCAAAGAAUCUGUGGGAAAAGAGGAAGAGGAAGAAAAGAUUGGUCUGAUAUUUGAUGAUGAGGGGAAUGAAGUAAAGGAAGAUGUAUCAGAGGAAGAGACGGUACAAUCGAAGGUGCAAGAGCAGAUGAAAUCUCAAAAGCCAGAGAAGAAGAACCUUGAAGCUCUGAGAUCAAAGCUCCAGUCCAAGAUCCAGGAAUUGAAGGAAAAGAGGAAAGCUCCCGGUACCAGAGUAAAGGGUGCCCCAAGCUCUAGAGAGGCCAUCCUGGCGGAGAGAAAGCAGAAGCUGGAAAGUAAGAAGCAGAAGCGCAGGCAGCCAGAAGAAGAGGAAGAGGUUAACGCCAGCGAAAACAGCGAUUCAGAUCUCGAUGAGGAAAGCGACAACGAGCAAAGCAGAAAGAAACAGAAGGUCGACAAUUUGGCUGACCAAGUCAUGUUUCAAAACAUAGUCUUUGAUGAUGGAAAUGCUAUAACCUCUAACUUACAAAAUCUGAGGAAACUGGCAAAGAAGAAAGGACCGGCAAAUAAUGACAUAAGAGCUCAUUUGAAAUUGGCUGAGGCAAGGAAGUCAAAACUAGAAUCCAAGGACGAAUUGGAUCAAAUUAAAGAGAAAGAGAAGAGCAAGUGGCAAAGAGCCACACUACAAGCGGAAGGUGUUAAACUAAAAGAUGAUGAAAAGCUGCUGCGUAAGGCACUUAAGAGAAAGGAAGCUAAGAAGAGGAAAUCAUCUUUGGAUUGGAAAGAGCGUCAAAGAACUGUUGCUACAAAUAUUGCGGAAAAGCAGAAGAGAAGAGAAGCUAACCUCAAGAUAAGGAAGGAUAACAAAGGUGUCAAGAGGUCGAAGCAGCAAAAGAUGAUGCGGAAGUUCACUGGAAACAAAGGUCCCAAGAAAAGCAGAGCUGGUUUCGAAGGUAGGUUGAAGAGUGGCAAGAAAACAUGA